CAGCUGGGCUCCCAAUCACCACCAACUUCACUUAUCAACCCUCCAAAAAAAACUUGUGCACAGACAGCAUUAAAUCAUAACGUCACCACCACUAUCAAUCGCUCCACUAAUACAAAAGCAUACUAACUAUAAGAGAUCUCAAUACAGCAAAACCGGGGAACCACACCCCCCCCUCUUUCGGCACAAGAGAAAAAGAUGCAACCAACACCAGGGACAGCCGAGGACGAGGACCAGAAGAACCCUCUGAUCUACCUCCAUGCCGAACUCCUCCCGCACAUCCGUCACAUCACCCUCUAUGUCUCUGUUUCUGCUGAGGACAGCGACGCCCAUGCCCAAUCGCAAGACACCUGUCCUAAAUCAGCGAAGGAAACAAAGGGAGGAGAUGUGCAAAUCACACUCUCCGAGUCCCGGCGCGCGGUGUCGGUGUCAGUCCCACCGGCGGCCUCGCCACAACUGCCGGAGAACCGUGGCGAUGAUGCUUCUCCCGAAACAAGAGCAGCGAUGGACGCGGAACCCGAAACGGAAACGAUGAAACUCCCCGCGCGCGUCACGGAGGCCGCACGAUAUGUGCUUCGCGCCCCGCAGUGGCAGCGUACUUCUUCUGAGGGGAGGAGGCGGGAGGCGUCGUUUCGGAUGCAGGUUGUUGGGGAGGGUACCGGUGAUCAGACAAAUGGGACUGGAUUGUUGGCGGGGAGGGGCGGGGAUGAGGAGCUGGGGGGCGGGUUUGUGCCGUGGAGGGCGCCGGAUAUGCGGCCGGGGACGCGGGUCAGGUGUCGUCGGUGUGAGAGCGUGGUUCUGGAUCAACCUGCGCGAUCGGCGGAGGGGUGGGUGUGGAAGGACCUGCCCAGUGGGAAUUGGGCGGAGAUGAUGGAUUUUUGGCAUUGUCAUAAGCCGGAUCCUGAGGGUGGUCAUGAGCAUGGAGAUGAUCCGAAUGCAAUGGUCAAAGGGUAUGGAGCUGCGAAUCAGGUCGUGGCUACUGUGGGUACGAUCCUGGUGGAUGUCGCGGCUUUUCUGGUGGCGGUGGAGGAUUGUUUGGGGGUGAUGAAGGUAAGGACCUGUUCCUUUUUCUGUGGUCUUUUUGACCCGGACUCCGAUGAUAUCCGCUGCUGCGAUUGUAAUACAUUACUCGGCCAGGUCGAUCCUAUAGCCCAAGGCUGGAGACUCUUCAAGACCGCUAUCUCCGCAACAAAGACGAAAACUGAUACUGGUACCGAGCAAAUGGAGUGGGAAUACUACCCCAUCGAGGUCAUCAUCGCCGCCCAACUCCUGGAACUAGUCGAACGAGAAAGCGCGCGUCGCUUCGUCGUGCACUGCGGACAUAGCAGUGGAUUGUUGAUCUGGGUUUUCAACCCCGACAUGCGGUAUUCCAACUCGAGCGCCCACCACAGCAUCGCCGCCCAACGAGCGAUGAAGGUCUUCUUCCAGCCUCUCCACAAUGUGGAGCAGACGCUGCACCCGGAGGUCGGGAAGCCGUCGACUACGCUGGCGUUGGAGGAGGUGCGGUUGCCGGAGGAGACGUAUCGGGCUUUCGAGGAGGUGCUGUACCGGAGGAAUGCGAUGCUGCCCGUGUCGGCGAGGGUGUUCAGGGAGUGGAGGGUGGGGGUUUUGCAUCGGUUGCAGUGA